CCGCCGGUUGAAAGCUUGGCCGAUACGACUGAGCCGAGCUUAGAGUCGUUGUUACCGGAAGGGUUCCUCGAGAGGAAUAGAGACAGGGGGUUAGUCUUGAAAGGGUGGGCUCCACAGGUGGAAGUGCUGAGUCAUGACUCGGUAGGUGGGUUCGUGACACACUGUGGGUGGAACUCAGUGCUUGAGUCGAUGCGUGCGGGGGUGCCGAUGUUGGGUUGGGCUUUGUAUGCCGAGCAGAAUAUAAAUCAGUUGGCAAUAGAGGAGGAGCUGAAGGUGGGUUUGGCUCUGAGGAAGAGGGAAGAUGGGUCAAUGAGCGCGGCGGAAUUGGAGAAAGCAGUGACUGAGUUGAUGAACUCAGAACGGGGAGAAGCGAUCCGGGAGCGCGUUACGGUGGUUAAAAAGAAGUUACUAGAGGCAUUCAGUGAUGAUGGACCCUCUCGUGGAGCCCUGGCCCGAUUGGCCGAUGCAAUCAGACGUGGUGGACUUCAAUGAAAGUUUAAUUACUUGACACGGUAAUUGGUAUUAUUUUGUUUUUGGUACAAAGUAGCUGUCAAGAAGGAAGAAUAGAGAAUCGAUUUUGGGAGUUGUGAUAUGUUUUAUUUUUAUACCAUUAUACUGUGACUAUAAAAAAAAACAAAGAAAGGGAAAAAAGAAAAAGGAAGAACACAGACAUGCUGGGGGUGAUUAUGUAUGUAUGGUUGGAUACAAACUUGGUAGGGCUAUUAAACAAGGAAGAUUACAAACUUGGUGGCCCAUAAAGAAAAACAUGUUUAGCUGCUAAAAUCCUACAAUAAUGUUUCUUGGGUGUGGUUAUAUAUUUAUGUGAGUGUUUUUGUAAAAAGAAAUUGUACUAUGUAAGUGUAUGUAUGUUUCUUACAUGAGAUGUGAAUUUCAUUUACACAGGUUCAGAAAGCUGCUGCAAAUUAAUUAAGAACAUCUUA